AAACAAUCGGAGAGUUCGGGUUAAACAGUUGGGUUUUAUCGCGUUUUUGUGUUAGCAACAUAUAAAACGCGACGUUUUAGCUGUGUCGAGUUGGCCGUUUGAGAUGUCAAGCGCUGUCGGGACGGUAUAGCGCAUUUUCUGGACCUGUUGCUGCUGUUGGGUUAAGCAGGACAAUCAGUUUGAGCACAUUGACUGGCGCCCCCUUAGAAAUACACUAUAUACUGCAAUGUACCGCAACGUUUUAAAUAUAUUAUUGAGUGUUCGUACAACGCUGUGUAGCUCGGGUGUUGUCAUUAGAUUCGCGCUCACUAUCGCUAAUAUAACCUUUGGCCAGUCACGUGACCAUCAAAACGCACACAUCUGGGUUUUGCUCGCUGAAGAAAUGAAGUUUUUCAAUCUUUUCGGACGCUUAAAAUCAAAUGUCAUAGGCAUGAUUCACGUCGGAGCCUUGCCGGGAACCCCCUUGAACCGCGCGACUAUCUCUGAGAUCACAGAGGCGGCGUGUCGAGAGGCGGAAAUUUACCACCAAGCAGGCCUUGAUGGGCUGAUCAUUGAAAACAUGCAUGAUAUUCCGUACACCCUCGAGGUGGGUCCAGAAGUGUGUGCAUCCAUGACAGCUGUGUGUGCAGCAGUCAGGGGCCUGUAUCCAUCUUGGCCAGUUGGUGUUCAGAUUCUCUCUGCUGCAAACCAAUCAGCGUUGGCCGUUGCCCUGGCCUCAGGGCUGGAUUUCCUCCGCGCAGAGGGGUUUGUGUUCUCACACGUCGCAGAUGAAGGCCUGCUAAACGCUUGUGCUGGAGAGCUGCUGCGCUACCGCAGGCGCAUUGGAGCAGAGCAUAUUCAGAUCUUUACGGACAUCAAGAAGAAGCACAGUGCUCAUGCCCUAACCUCAGAUGUGAGCAUAGCUGAGACGGCCCGAGCGGCUGAGUUCUUCCUCUCUGACGGAGUCAUCGUCACGGGGACUGCCACUGGAGCGCAGGCUGAUCCCGAGGAACUGACAGAGGUGACCCAGUCUGUCCGGAUCCCCGUUCUCAUCGGCUCCGGGGUGACCCAUGAUAAUGUGGAGCACUACCUUCAGGCAAGCGCCAUGAUCAUUGGCUCCCAUUUCAAGAAAGGAGGUUACUGGGCAAACGGUGUGGAAACCGAGAGAGUCAAAAGGUUCAUGGGGAAGAUGCACGGACUUCGGGAGUGACCAUUGCAAUUCAGAUUGGACGUGAAAUAAACAGCGUGAAGAUAAAA